GCUAUGAAUAUUGUCGUAGCUCCCAAACACACUUUUCUGUCACAUUUUCACGCGAUACCCCAAUUCACCUCGCAUAACUCGACAGGAAGCCGCAAUCAACAACAGUGACACGAACAUGGCAUCAGCAGACGAGCUGAAGGCCGAGGGCAACAAGCUCUUUGCUGCGAAGGACUUCACUGGCGCAGCUGAGAAGUUCUCUGCCGCCAUUGCCGCCGACCCAUCGAACCACGUUCUUUACUCGAAUCUGUCAGGCGCCUAUGCAUCGUUAAAAGACUGGGAGAAGGCACUCGAAGCGGCCAAGAAGACGACUGAGAUCAAGCCUGACUGGUCGAAAGGAUGGGGCCGGAAAGGAACAGCAGAGCACGGAGUAGGUGACUUGAUGGGCGCCGUGCAGUCGUACGAGGAAGCUCUCAAGCUAGACCCCAACAAUGCUCAAGCAAAAUCUGGGCUGGAGUCAGUGAAGAGGGCGAUCGAUGCAGAGGCACGAGCAGAUGGUGUCGACCCAAGCGGAGGGUUGGGCAACAUGUUCAACGACCCCCAGCUCUUCCAGAAGCUGGCGGCCAAUCCCAAGACGGCGCCAUUGCUUGCAGAUGGUGCCUUCAUGGCCAAGCUUCAGAACAUGCAGAAGAACCCACAAGGCAUGCAACAAGAGAUGUUCUCCGACCCACGCUUCCUCCAAGUCAUGAGCGUAUUGCUCGGCAUCGAUAUGUCCUUCAACCCCACCGAUAACGCCGAUCGCGAUGCUGCCAAGUUCCAGCAGGGCGGCGCGGAGGAGGAUGUGGAAAUGCCAGACCUCAAGCCAGCGCCAAAGAAGGAAGAGCCGAAGAAAGAACCUGAGCCUGAGCCAGAACCUGAGGACGAGGAGGCGAAAGAGAAGAAGGCAAAGAAGGCUGAGGCUGAUAAGGAGAAAGCUACUGGUACAGAGGCAUACAAAAAGAGGCAGUUCGAUGAAGCCAUCGCUCACUACACAAAAGCUUGGGAAACCUACCAAGACAUCACAUACUUGACCAACCUGGGUGCCGCACAGUUUGAGAAGGGCGACUAUGACGCCGCGAUCGAGGCAUGCAAGAAGGCUGUGGAGCACGGCCGAGAAGUUUAUGCGGACUGGAAGAUCAUCGCCAAGGCAUUCGGACGUAUUGGUUCAUCAUAUGAGAAGAAGGGCGACCUUGCGAACGCGAUCGAGUUCUACAACAAAUCGCUCACUGAGCACCGCACUCCUGACAUUCUGACCAAGCUCCGUGCAGCGGAAAAGGCCAAGAAGCAGGCAGAUAUCAACGCAUACAUCGAUCCACAAAAGGCCGAAGAGGCACGCGAAGUUGGAAACCAGAAAUUUAAGGAAAGCGACUGGCCAGCUGCUGUGGAAGCCUACUCCGAAAUGAUCAAGCGCGCACCCGAGGAUCCCCGCGGCUACUCAAACCGUGCAGCAUGUCUCAUCAAGCUCCUCACAUUCCCAUCCGCUGUGACCGACUGCGACGAAGCGAUCAAGCGUGACCCGAAGUUCAUUCGAGCAUAUCUUCGCAAGGCGCAGGCUCUCUUCGCGAUGAAGGAAUACAACAAGUGUAUCGACGUCUGUGCAGAGGCUCUCGAGCACGAUACCGAGGGCAAGAACACCCGCGAGAUCGAACAGCAGAGUCAGAAGGCACUCGAGGCACAAUUCGCGGCACGCGAGGGCGAGACGGAGCAGCAGGCACAGGAGCGUAUCCAGCGUGAUCCAGACAUCAUGGCGAUUCUGCAAGAUCCCGUCAUGCAGAGCAUUCUGCAACAAGCCAAGGGCGACCCAGCUGCCCUGCAGAACCACAUGCAGAAUCCGGCCAUCAGGAUGAAGGUGCAAAAGCUGGUCGCUGCUGGUGUGAUCAGGUUGGGCCGGUAGACUGGAGUCAUGUCUAAAGUAUAGUCAAAAACGCAAUGAGUGAAUGAUGCUGAUAUGUAUAUUCUAUAAAGCAUAGCGCAGGCGGUCUCGGUAAUCUGCAAAGAAAGUGAUAACCUGAAGUUUUCUUGCCAACACCUCUCAGUCUGCUGUACUGCUGAGAUCGAUAUACAUGUGUACAUUACCCGGUACGCCAUUCUCCCGAC